AGGAUCAUGGAAGCAAGUCUUGAAAUUCCCAAGGGUGGAUUUUCGUUUGACCUUUGCAAAAGAAAUGCCUGGCUAGAGUCUCAAGCAAAUUAUGGUUCCAGCUCCAUCAUUAAGAAAGCAAAGAAAACCGGAACCACCAUUGCUGGUAUCAUUUUCAAGGAUGGUGUAGUUCUUGGAGCUGAUACUCGCGCUACCUCUGGACCCAUCGUUGCCGACAAGAAUUGCGAAAAGAUCCACUACCUUGCCCCGAAUAUUUUUUGUUGCGGAGCCGGAACAUCUGCGGAUUGUGAAAAUGUUACUGAGAUGAUGGCUUCAAACCUUACGCUCCAUCGAUUGAAUACUGGACGCGAAUGCCGUGUGAUCACUGCUGUGACUAUGCUCUCGCAAUAUUUGUUCAGAUAUCAGGGCUAUAUAAGUGCUGCACUUGUGGUUGGUGGGGUUGAUUCGACCGGGCCUUCUUUAUACACCAUUCAUCCACAUGGUAGCGUUGAUCAGCUGCCCUUUGUAACAAUGGGAUCCGGAUCUCUUGCUGCAAUGGCGGUUUUUGAGGCCGGAUAUCAAGAGGGUCUUGAGAGACAACCGGGGAUUGACCUUGUACGUGCUGCGAUUCAAUCUGGCAUUGACAACGAUCUUGGUUCGGGAAGCAACGUGGACAUCACUGUGAUCACUCCUGAAGGGGUUCAAAGAUUCCGCAAUCUUGACAAGGCCGAGCCCAAGUAUAAGAGCAAGAAUCCUCUCUUCUACCCCAAGGGGACUACGAAAUACUAUGAUGAGAUCAUUUCUAAAGUCGCAAUCAUUGAAGGAGAUGCUAUGGAGCAAUGA